GUGUUGGAUAGCGGGUUUAACGACACAUUUAUAUAUUUAUGCGAUCUAACUAAAAAAAAAGCCUGGAUUAUGGAAGACAUUGGUUUCAUUUAAAUAUACACACACAGACCCUCGUUGUGGCAAUUCCGCAUGAAGCUACCUCAUUUUACAAUGAGGAACAUUGGCAAAGCCAGCAACGUGCACUGCCUCAACGUUCAUUUAUGAAAAUGAUUGCACCUGCUAAUGUGAACAUAACGUGUUUUAAAUCGCCUCUGUUUUUUUUAUUGGCAGAUAAAACCUCCUGUAAGUAUUUGUACUGUGCAAUGAGACUUUACCUUUAUAGCAAGAUGGAGCACAAUCUGCAAACAAAUCGUUUCUAUCUAAUUAUGACAAAACCAAGACUACAAUGUAAUAUUAUUUGUUCUUUCGGUAAAGUCACGUAGAAAGAACCAAGAGUAUGAAUCCCUGCAGUCACGAAAGCUUUAAAUACAAUGUAAUACCCUCAAAGGGUUCAGCAACCAAAAUAACAAGAAGAGGCAGUUUUUGUUUGCGAAUUUGGUAAGCACAAAAUAAUACUCAGUAUUUCUAGAACCGCAUUGCACGUGAAUACGAGAUGGUGGCCCUUAAUAAACGUCGUCACGACGCGGUCCUUAAAGUGCGGCACGCAGCUCCGUCGCCGCAAGGUUGCCGGCUCCUGAUCUAGGAGAAUCUGUGGGGUAUUCACUCUGGAACUUUCCUCAAUACGUUACGAACAGGAAGUACAUGCUAUAUAUAUAAGAAUCCCAUUUGUCACGGAUAAAGACGAAUAUAUAUGUUCAAGUCUUUUUUGGUUGUUGUGUGAAUAUUACACUUGGUAUUUCCUAAUAACUGUGUACUGUUAUAUUGCUGCACAGAUGCCACCAGAGGCAAAGCUAGCCAGGUCCCCACUCCUGCAAAGAGCUUCCGCUGUGAUUACUGACAAGUCCAGACUUCCCACGAAGCCCCACCUGCCAUCGACGGCGACAGAACCAUCCCGGAGGAUAUCAUCAGACAGCGGGAUAACGACAGUCACCCGCUCGGGCUCGGGGUCUGCCUCGGGCAGCUUCUCUUCUUGCUCUGGCAGUGCCGGCGGCUCGGCGAGCGACGAGUUUGAAUCCCUCUCCAUCCCAGCCAAAGGGCCAGAGGCCUCCUCAGCGGUCCCACCGGCCUUCCACCGAGGUGCAGAAAAGUCCGAGUGCCGCUUUCCAUACGUCACCAACUGGUGGUAUGCCGUGCCGCGCAGGGAACUCCACUCGAAUUGCCCCAGCACCUGCCUGUACAAGGAGAGGCAUUCGCAGCAGGAGGUGGGGAAGUCGGCCCCUUUGAGAACUUCAGACACGGCGCAGAGGAUGGAUGCUGCGACGGCAGCAGAGCCGGUGUCAUUAGAAAAGUACGCGUCAAUCAGAGUAGGCGACGUUCCUGCCGAGACGGAGGCUUGCGCCAGCUACGUACAAGCUGCCAGAGUGCACGUUGGAAAUGCGACUGAGCCCGGAGAUUGUCAAAGUGGACACCGUGCGGGCUCUUCGAAGGAGACCUUCCAGGGGGAUUUGGCCGAGGCAGCUUUGCAGAGGCUCAUGAGGUGCUCCCUGGUGCAACCGCAACCUUCGGUGUCCUCUGCAGCACAGGAGGCGGCCGGGGCCACCGCAUCUGGAGCGUGCGCUCGGGGGAGCCACCAGAUCGCACCGACAGAUGUUGCGGUCCAUUCCGACGAGAUGCCGCAGACGGAACUGGAGCCAGCAGUCCAGUGCUCCGCUGUCCACACCCUGGCGCGAGAUUACAGGGGACCCCACAGGAUGCCAAGCGGUGGCCAGAUCACCGCUGAGAAGUCAGGAUUCUUAGGACACAACCGAAAUCCUGAAGGUCCGGGAGCCAAAUACAGGCCCUCUGACAAGACAAACUGACAAGACACUAGCACAUUGGCAAGACUGCAGUCUAUCACUCACAAGACAGGACAAAAAACGGUGGUAACAGAAUGCUCAAACAUUUCCACACUCACACCAAAAAAAAAGAACAAAACAAACUAUAUCCCAUGGAGAAAGGAAAACAUCAUGUGCAGAAAUUACAAAGUUAUUGGCCAUUGACUCUUCUGCAAGAGGUACAGUGAGGGAAAAAAUAAUUUGAUCCCCUGCUGAUUUUGUACGUUUACCCACUGACAAAGAAAUGAUCAGUCUAUAAUUUUAAUGGUAGGUUUAUUUGAACAGUGAGAGACAGAAUAA